UAUGCCGUGAAAACGCAACGCACGUCUUCGGGAACGGUGGGGCAGCGAAAAAUUUCGUUGGCAGUGAACCAUUCAAAUUCCGCGUUUGGAGCCCCGCUGACGUGUCCCGGCAAUAGUCUCAGCUUUCUGGCCCUCGAUUUCCUUCCUGGUAACACUCAUCGAGCGACUACAUACGAAAAUGACGUCAGCUGCAGCAAAUGAUGUUUUCAUCGUAUCGGCCGCCCGAACACCGAUCGGUAACUUCAUGGGCGCCCUGGCGUCGCUCAGUGCCGCCGAACUGGGCGCAGUCGCCGUGAAGGAAGUUCUGCACCGUGCCGCCGUUAAUCCGGCCGAUGUAGACGAGGUUAUUUUGGGCCAAACGCUGGCUGCUGGCCAGGGACAGAAUCCGGCGCGUCAGGCCUCCAUGAAGGCCGGUUUGCCCAAGGAAGUGCCUGCCUACAACAUCAACAUGCUGUGCGGGUCGGGGCUGAAAACGGUUGCUCUCGGCUACCAAUCGAUACGUACCGGUGACGCUAAGAUCGUCAUUGCCGGUGGCCAAGAAUCGAUGUCAAAAGCACCACAUGCACUGCAUUUGCGCGACGGAACCAAAAUGGGCGAGGCAAAGAUGGUUGACACGUUGCUCCGCGAUGGACUGACGGACGCGUUCUACGAUCUGCACAUGGGCGCCACGGCGGAAAAUCUUGGCAAAGAGUACAACAUAGGGCGCGAGGAACAGGAUACGUUCGCCGCCAAAAGCCAACAGCUGGCGGAGGAAUCACAGCGCAAGGGGUACUUCCGCGAUGAAAUCGUGCCCGUGUCUGUGGUAGGGCGAAAGGAGACGGUUCAGUUCUCGGUCGAUGAAUACCCGAAACAUGGCACGACGGCAGAAUCGUUGUCCAAGCUGCGGCCAUGCUUCAUGAAAGACGGUACAGUCACGCCGGGAAAUGCGUCGGGUAUUAAUGAUUCGGCCGCCGCCGUGCUGUUGAUGGGCGGAGCGGAAGUGGCGAAACGAAACGCAAAACCAUUGGCAAAGGUCGUGGCAUACUCCCAAACAGGCAUAUGUCCAAAGACGAUGGGAGCGGGGCCAAUCUCGGCGGUUCAAGCUGUGGUCCAGAAAGCCGGUUGGAAGCUGGAAGAUGUUGAUUUGUUUGAGCUAAACGAAGCAUUCGCUGCCCAGGCGCUGGCCGUCAACAAGGGGCUUGGUGUAGAUCCGGCAAAGGUCAACAUCGGUGGAGGAGCGAUCGCCCUCGGCCAUCCGAUCGCUGCUUCCGGAUGCCGCGUGCUGGUGACACUCUUGUACGCACUGAAACGCACUGGUGGUAAAAAGGGAGUCGCUUCGCUCUGCGUCGGCGGCGGCAUGGGUGUCGCAAUGGCUGUCGAAAUGGUGUGAAUGGAUAGUUAUGUGUCCAAGGUAGAUUUCUAUUCCAACUCUUUUACUCCGGCAACGUACUUAUUGUCGUGCUAACUACACAGAGUAUUCAUAAAUGGUUCCAGGGAAGCAUUAAUGUAUGUAUUAUUUCCUUGAAGAGGACGAGUUUAAUAGCGGCUCGGUUUGGUGAAUGUAUUCUGGACGCGUAUUACGAAGACAAUAAAA